GUAGGAUUGGCACCAGCUCUUCUUUAUAUGUCUGGUAGAAUUUGGCUGUGAAUCCAUCUGGUCCAGGGCCUUUUCUGGUUGGGGCUCCAUGGUUCCUAGAGGCAAGGAAGAAGAGCCACCAGCCAAAUAGGUUUCAGCACCUCCAACUCCAACAUCUUCAAAGCAGCGACUGGGAAGAAAAACAAUCCUUCCGACAACAUAUAUUCAGACACAUAUGGUCAGCCUCAUGAAGCUCUGGAUACCCAUGCUCAUGACAUUCUUCUGUAUGGUGCUACUGUCUGUGCUGGGAGAAAUGAGGAAGAAAAGAUAUGACAGGAAGGAAUUGUUACUUGAAGAGUGCUGGGGAAAGCCAAAUGUCAAAGAAUGUACCAAUAAGUGUUCUAAAGCCUUUAGAUGUGAAGACAAAAAUUACACAUGCUGCUGGACCUAUUGUGGAAACAUCUGCUGGAUAAACGUCGAAACCAGAGAGGAUUACUAAAACCGUAGCUUCCAACCAGGCUGCCACCUGUGUGGGCUGGGAAAUGUUUAAGAGGUCUCAUAGUAGUACCCUGUGGCUACUUUUAGGAACACCAGUCUAUUUUUACUGAGAGCUGGACAACAGCAAACACUUGACAAAUAAACUUAUUUACCAGUA